UUGGCUGGCGGGAGGGCCGCGGCGCCGCCCCCUGUCGGCAGGGCGAGGCGGCGGCAUGGAGGGCUCGGUGUCGGACGUGGAGGUCUGCAACCUGGCCUACGCCGGGCGGCUGGAGGAGCUGCGCGCCCGGCUGCAGCGCGACCGCGGCCUGGCCACGCGCGCGGACCAGGACAGCCGGACCGCGCUGCACUGGGCCUGCUCGGCCGGACACACGGCCGUCGCCGACCUGCUCCUCGGCCUCGGCGUGCCCGUCGGCGACAAGGACGACGCUGGUUGGACUCCCCUACAUAUUGCUGCUUCGGCAGGCCGUGAUGAAAUUGUGAAAGCCCUCAUUGACAAGGGUGCCCAUGUGAACGCUGUCAAUCAAAAUGGCUGUACGCCCCUGCAUUAUGCUGCCUCCAAAAACAAGCAGGAGAUUGCAAUCAUGCUUUUAGAGAAUGGAGCUGAUCCAGAUGCAACAGAUCAUUUUGAGUCCACUCCACUACACAGAGCAGCAGCCAAAGGAAACCUAAAAAUGAUACAGAUACUUCUGCGGCACAAUGCAUCUGUUAAUAUACAGGACUCUGAAGGGAAUACUCCUCUUCAUUUAGCCUGCGAUGAAGAAAGAGUGGAUGAGGCAAAGCUGCUGGUGUCUCAUGGUGCAAGUAUUCACAUUGAGAAUAAAGAAGAAUUGACCCCACUGAAAGUGGCAAAAGGUGGCCUGGGAGCCAUACUUAAACGAAUGGUGGAAGGCUAGUGGGGACGUUUGACUUGACUCUCCUUCCUGUUGCACUUGACUGCAAGCUUCACAUUUUUCAGUGUUCAACUAUGAUGUCAUAUACGAGCAUCACCGUGAUAAUAAAAUGUGCACCUCGAUUUCCUUCAGCUAUGCUGCCCAAACAGCCAUUUGUUCUUCUGUUAAUUAAACAGAAUUAAACAGAUCACUGCUUUUAAAGUAUUUUUCAAUAUCUUGCAGUUUUCUUUGUUUACAGUGUGAUCUGUAUAAAUUAGGUCAUUCCUUCUAUUUUCAGAGCCUCGUGUAGGAUUGUCUUUCAAGCAACAGGACCAAAAAUGCUUUAAUCUGUUAAAGUUAGUUUUAUUUUGGAAGCCUAUUCUAGAGUUGGCUUUGCUUUCCCUUGACCUCUGUGUUUUCUUGUGUUUUUGUAGCUACUGAUUCUUUUCCUUCAGAUGGUUCUAAAUUACUCCUCUGCCUUUGUAGUAUGCAGUUUGCUCAGGUAUUUAUAAUUGUACCUAUUUUUAUUCUUGUCAGUCUUUUGGACUGAGCUCUGAGUCUUUUAUGCUUUUCUUUUGUUAUCCCUUCUUAUCUUGAUUCUUUGAAUCUUGAAGUAUUCAUUUAAUGGAGCACUCCGGACUGCCUGCAGAAUGCAGAUGCAAGUUCAUAGUUACCUCUGCAAAGACUCUCUUGUAUAAUUAUAUGCUCUGGAAACUCUUCAGGAAUAUGCUUUGCGUCUUAUUUUACUUCCUGUUAUUCUUUCUAUAAAUAUCUUUUCCGUUGCUGCUUGACUCCCAUUAUGUAGUACUGAGACUUCUACAUGGUUUACCUUUUUAUUUAAUAACAGAAGCCUAGGUUAAUCCUUAGUCAUAGCAAAUACUGCCAUUAAGUUAUUAGAAGGUAGAGUGUUUGUGACCAUAGCAAACUGAUAUAAAAUUAGAUGCAUUUUAUAAGCUUUAUGGCCUCUACCAUAGUCUUCCCAUGGCUUGACCUGGCAGACUCCUAGUCAAAGCUUUAUUUCAGUGUUUUAAGUGACAUUAGUUUGUGCGGUGAAAACUGUUGCAGCAGUUACAGAGCAAUUUUAUGCCCAUGGUGACAGUAAAGCCCUCUCUUUAAUCAGCUUCCCGUGAAUUUUCCAUGCUGUUAUUAAUGCUUGUAAAACUGUAGCUGGAAGAAACACCUCUUAAGUAUCCUGAGACACUGUAAGACACAACUGUGGGGAAACCUGUCCUCUGGAAAAGUCUUCUUGCUGCUGGGAGGACAGGAAGAGCCCUGAGCUGUAGAGCUGAGUUGUCUUUAAAUAAUUAGGAAACUGAAGAUGAUUUUCUGCAGAAAAGAGUGAGCAUCUUGUUUUGAGGGUGACCUUCCAAACUCUUCCAAAAAACUUGUACAUGGGAAUAAAGAGGAAAGUAAACGUCCUUAUACGUAGGUUAUUAGAAAAACUUCCUUCUGGCAAAUUCUGUGCUGACUGUAGUUAUCUCAGCUUUUGUUUGGGUGGGGGGUAAGUGGAGCUAACCUUUAUGUUGCUUUUAAUGACAACUUUGAAGGCUUCCAUGUGCUUAUUAGCACUUGCACAUUCAUCUCUUACUUCUGUACUAGUAAUUUCUGAUUGAAUCGGUGUGUGUGCAGGUGGUGUUUUGUUUUUUGUCAAUAUUUUAACAUUAAUCAAUAGAGCUGAAAGUACUUAUUACAUAAUGAAAGAUCAAUAAUGGACAUUUCUGACAGUAGAAUCUUUUCAUGAGAGGGAAGGACAAAGUUCAACAUAUGACCUGCUGUUCUGGUGUUGGUAAGAUCACUUGGGACACUAGGGGGCUAGACUUUUCCCCUUUCUAAACAGGUGAUGCAGAUAAAAUUCUGUGAAAUAAAAACAUUUUUCUAAACAACA